AUGGCUCCUAGAUAUUACGAUAUAGCUGUCAACCUGACCGAUAGCAUGUUCAUGGGCUCGUUUGAGACCGGGUCCAAGGCUCGGCCGGAAUGGUAUCGUAUUUUGGACCGGGCAGCGUAUUUCAAUGUGGAAAAGGUGAUGAUUACCGGCUCCUCUCUAGAGGAGUCUCGAAAAGCGAUCCAGAUGGCCGUUGAAUAUGAGGGCCCCGUCAAGCUGUACACUACUGUGGGAGUUCAUCCUUGUACGGUCAAUGAGUUUGAGAACGAUCCUGAAGGUCAUAUUGAGCAGUUGCGUUUGACAAUCAAGCAUGGAGUUGAUUCGGGUGUUUUACGUGCAAUUGGGGAGAUUGGCCUGGAUUAUGAUAGGUUUCAACACACCAUCAAAUCUGUUCAGCUGAAGUACUUCGAGCUACAGCUGAAACUUGCAUGUGAAUUCGAUCUGCCGUUGUUUCUGCACAUGAGAAGUGCCUGUGAUGAUUUCAUUGACACUAUCGAGCCCUUUAUCAAGGGAACGAGGCCUGAUGGUUUGAGGUUGAAAAACCCUAGAGGGGUGGUGCAUUCUUUCACUGGAGAGUGGGAGGAAGCCCAGAGACUUAUUCAGCUAGGAUUCCAUCUGGGUGUUAAUGGAUGUUCUCUACGAACUUCUGAUAGCAUGGAGGUUGUGCGAAAGAUUCCUCUUGAAAAGAUUAUGAUAGAGACAGAUGCUCCGUGGUGUGAAGUACGCAAGACACAUUCCUCGUUUGGUCUGUUAUCUGAGCCGCCUAACGAGUUCUAUCCCCGGACAACUGGACUGGUUCAGCAAAUCCCGCAAACAAAAAAACAAAAAGUGGUGAAGCUGGAUGCUUUUCUGAAGGUUCCCCUAGUUUCCAAAAUGAAAGAUUUGGCAAUUUCCCCACAAGUUGCGACUGCUAUAGGCGAAACCGAAUGGGAAUUUGGUGCCGUCGUUAAAGGAAGAAACGAGCCUUGUUUUGUGGGUCAAAUUGCAGAAGCGAUUGCAAAACUCAAGGGAAUACCCAGUGAGCGAGUCAUAGAGACAGUUUAUGAGACCUCGUGCAAAAUGUUUGCAUAG